AUGGUGUCGCUCAAGCUGCAGAAGCGCCUGUCGGCGAGCGUGCUGAAGUGCGGCCUGAGGAAGGUCUGGCUCGACCCCAAUGAGGUCAACGAGAUCUCCAUGGCCAACUCGAGGCAGAACAUCAGGAAGCUCAUCAAGGACGGCUUCGUGAUCCGCAAGCCGCAGAUCAUCCACUCGCGCUCGCGGGCGCGCGCAGCGGCGGAGGCCAAGGCCAAGGGUCGCCACAGUGGCUACGGGAAGCGCCGCGGUACCCGCGAGGCGCGCCUGCCCACCAAGCUGCUGUGGAUGCGCCGCCUGCGCGUGCUGCGCCGCCUGCUGCGCAAGUACAGGGACAGCAAGAAGAUCGACCGCCACCUGUACCACGAGCUGUACAUGAAGGUCAAGGGUAACGUGUUCAAGAACAAGCGCGUGCUGAUGGAGGCGGUGCACAAGCAGAAGGCCGAGAAGGUGCGCGAGAAGAACAUCGCCGACCAGCUCGAGGCCCGCCGCGUCAAGAACAGGGCCAGCCGCGAGCGCAAGGCCGCGCGCCGCGAGGAGCGCAUCGCCGCCGGCGUCACCGCCGAGGUGCCCGCCGCGAAGCCCGCGGCCCCGGCGCCUGCGCCCGCCAAGGCGGCCGCCAAGGGCUCCAAGAAGUGA